AACUGGCAGGGCUGCGUUGCCUGGCAACGGCGGGGUCCUUCCUGGCUCGGCGGCGCUCGGGGCCUGCGGGGAGAAAAACCGCCGCGGCGGGCGCUGGGGGGUGGCGGCUGCGGUGCUGCAGGCGGCCGCGGGACGGCGACGCGGGCUCGGCGGGCCGGGGGGAACCCCUUCUCUGAGCCGGAGGGAAGAUGGACACGGCCGACCAGGUCCCGGUGGAGCCCGCCGACGACGGGCCCGCGCCGCCGGGGGAGGAGGAGGGCGAAGGGGGCGGGAAGGAGUCGGCGGCGGCGGCGGCGGCGGACGCGGCCCCUGGGCCCAGCGCCUCGUUCCGCCUCAUGGUGACUCGGCGGGAGCCGGCCGUGCGGCUGCAGUACCCCGUGAGCGGCCUGGAGCCGCUGGCCUGGUCGGAAGACCACCGCGUGUCGGUGUCCACGGCCCGCAGCGUCGCCGUGCUGGAGCUCAUCUGCGACGUGCACAACCCGGGCCAGGACCUGGUGAUCCACCGCACCUCGGUGCCCGCUCCUCUCAACAGCUGCCUUCUCAAGGUGGGCUCAAAAACAGAAGUUGCUGAGUGCAAGGAGAAAUUUGCCAACUCUCGAGACCCUACCAUCAGCCAGACUUUCAUGUUGGACAGAGUGUUCAACCCUGACGGGAAGGCCUUGCCUCCGAUGCGAGGGUUCAAGUACACUAGCUGGUCUCCCGUGGGUUGUGACGUGAACGGCAGGUGCCUUCUAGCAGCGCUGACCAUGGACAAUCGCCUGACUGUGCAGGCGAACCUCAACAGACUCCAGUGGGUCCAGCUGGCGGACCUCACUGAGAUUUACGGAGAGCGUCUUUUUGAGGCCAGCUACAGGCUCUCGAAAAGCGAGGGCCCGGGAAGUCACCUCGGGGACUUUGCUGAGUUCCAGAGGAGGCACAGCAUGCAGACCCCAGUGAGGAUGGAGUGGUCGGGCAUCUGCACCACUCAGCAGGUCCAGCACAACAACGAGUGCCGGGACGUGGGCAGCGUGCUCCUCGCCGUGCUCUUUGAGAACGGCAACAUUGCGGUGUGGCAGUUCCAGCUGCCCUUCGUGGGGAAGGAGUCCAUCUCUUCGUGCAACACCAUCGAGUCAGGAAUCAGCUCACCCAGUGUUUUGUUUUGGUGGGAAUAUGAGCACAAUAACCGCAAAAUGAGCGGCCUCAUUGUCGGGAGUGCUUUUGGACCUGUCAAGAUUCUCCCUGUCAACCUCAAAGCAGUGAAAGGCUAUUUCACUUUAAGGCAGCCUGUUGUCUUGUGGAAGGAAAUGGACCAGCUGCCUGUGCACAGCAUCAAAUGUGUGCCUCUCUAUCACCCUUACCAGAAGUGUAGCUGUAGCUUGGUGGUGGCUGCCCGCGGCUCGUACGUGUUCUGGUGUCUUCUUCUGAUCUCCAAGGCAGGUCUGAAUGUGCACAAUUCCCACGUCACAGGCCUUCAUUCUUUGCCCAUUGUGUCCAUGACCGCAGACAAGCAGAACGGAACAGUGUACACCUGCUCCAGUGAUGGGAAGGUGAGGCAGCUGAUUCCCAUCUUCACAGAUGUUGCGUUGAAGUUUGAACACCAGUUAAUUAAACUCUCAGAUGUGUUUGGCUCGGUGAGGACUCACGGGAUAGCUGUGAGCCCCUGCGGCGCUUACCUGGCCAUCAUCACGACGGAGGGCAUGGCCAACGGUCUCCACCCCGUUAAUAAGAACUACCAGGUCCAGUUUGUGACUCUGAAGACCUUUGAAGAGGCUGCUGCUCAGCUUCUGGAGUCUUCAGUUCAGAAUCUCUUUAAGCAGGUAGAUUUACUAGACCUCGUACGCUGGAAGAUACUGAAAGACAAACAUAUCCCUCAGUUUUUACAUGAAGCUCUGGAAAAGAAGAUUGAAGGCAGCGGGGCCACCUAUUUUUGGCGUUUUAAGCUUUUCCUUCUGAGGAUUUUGUAUCAGUCAAUGCAGAAGGCCCCCUCGGAAGCCCUGUGGAAACCCACCCAGGAAGACUCAAAAAUCUUACUGGUUGACUCACCUGGGGCAGGCAAUGCCGAGGAUGAGCAGCAAGAGGAAAGCACUUCUUCCAAGCAGGGGCCCAAGGCAGGCCCACAGGAGAGGAGCAGAGAGGGCGACGGAGAGGAUGCCCCCGAUGACACGGCCCCUCUGCCGGGAGACGGCGGAAGCCAAGAGCCCGUGGAGGAGAAGCUCCUCGAGGUCCAGGGAAAGAUCGAGGCGGUGGAGAUGCACCUGACCAGGGAGCACAUGAAGCGAGUCCUGGGGGAGGUGUACCUGCACACCUGGAUCACCGAGAACACCAGCGUCCCCACCAGGGGACUCUGUAACUUCCUCAUGUCUGAUGAAGAGUACGAUGACAGAACAGCACGGGUGCUGAUUGGACACAUCUCCAAGAAGAUGAACAAGCAGACCUUCCCUGAGCACUGCAGUCUGUGUAAGGAGAUCCUGCCCUUCACAGACCGGAAGCAGGCUGUCUGUUCCAACGGCCACAUCUGGCUUCGGUGCUUUUUAACCUACCAGUCCUGCCAGAGCUUGAUCUACAGGAGGUGUUUGCUGCACGACAGUAUCGCCCGGCACCCAACUCCGGAAGAUCCAGACUGGAUCAAGAGGUUGCUGCAGAGCCCCUGCCCCUUCUGUGAUUCUCCUGUCUUCUGAGUGUCAGUGGUGGCGGAUGGAAGGGCUGGAGCUCUGCCCUAGAGAACACCCGGAGCCCAAGGAGUGGGUGUGGCGUACACGGCGGGCAGGCGCCCAAGGAAGCCUGGCCCCGGCAGAGGGGCUUUCCUCCUGACUGCGGAGCAAGGCCUCCCUAGAAGUGCACUUCCGGCUGCGUGCUCUCCGGGGAUUAAAGAAUCGCCUUUCAAUCACUAGGCACGGAGAGUGCGAGGCUUUGAAAUGAGCAGCAGCCCCAACUCCUUAUCCAGCCUGGAACACUUAUUUCUCAAGUGUCUUUGACUACAGCAGUGUGGAUGGAAGGAUGUCCUCCUGUCUCUAGGAACACACAGGUCUCGCUCGUCUCGGAGUUUGCGUGAGGCCGCGGUAGGUGGUGAUCCUUGCUUUGAGACUGCUGUGUGGCUCCAGAGAUCUUAGGCUGGUUGGCGCCUGGCACCCUAUAAACGAACAGUUAUUAAAAGCAUCUGAAACAGUG